AUGUCUGCUCCUUCUUCAGGCGCAAGGCCAGCGGCGGAAGUGGGCCAGAUCUUGGAUAGGGCGGGUGUUCCGAGUGCUCUCUGGGGGUGGUGGGUUGUCAGUUUGAUUGCAAUACAUUAUGGCUUUCCGGAAAUCGAGUUUGUUGUGGCCGACGACAAGCUUGCCACUGCUGUUAGCGUUCUGGUCGCUGCAGGCUACGAACACUGUACCAGGCGCCAGUGUGUCGAAUUCCACGCGGAAGGCUCAGCCAUGCAGGACUCCACGUUCCAAUGCCCAACUACUGGUAAGACUUACAUGAGCAUGCCGGAUAUCUACACGCGCACCGGGCUAAACAGGUAUCACCUCAUCGCCGACGAGCAUUUCCACUUCGACCGCAGAUGGCACUUCACGGUUCUUAGGCUCUACAAACAGUCCAGAAUGCUCUGGUGGCUCCCCAAGGAUGCUAUCAAGGUUGGGCCUGUGGCUGACGAGUAUUUCAUGUUGUCCAAUGACGAGAACUUACCGCCGAGCAGAGCCAACGGGGGAAUAGGCACCGGUUGCUGGAGAGACCUCCCUCCUGUCAAAAUCUUGAGGCCGGCGAAAUUCUACGAGGCUCUGACACUUCUCCGUUGUUUUUACAGCUACGUUCCAGACUGGAGCGAGCAUUCGUUUAAGCAGAUGAACAUGAGAUUAUACGACACACCUGACCAUCAAACCUAUCGCGAGAUCCAAGCUGGUAUACGGCCUGAGUUCCGGUCCAUCUGGAUGAGAGAGAACGGCGAGUCAGACCCAUCGAAAAAGGUAGAGCACUCAAAAACAGGCCCGGUGAAGAGGGGGCCGGGUAUCUAUACACUGUUGAGGCUUCGCAGGAGGCUUUUGGCAGGUCAACUAGACCAGAGCGCAAAUCUUCCCCCGCUUCCGCCCCUUGACAUGUCCAGGGGUGUUAAGCUCCCAGAGGACGACGUUGAUCCCGAUCUGCCGGCUCCAAGACAAGUAUAG